AUGGCAGACUCUACAGACCAAACUGUCACGGAAAAGUUCCAGGGUGCUUUGGCGCGCUUUGAGAACUAUAGGAAUGACGCUGGUGUAUUUUCAGGCCGCAAAAAUGGCCCUGAGUACCAAAAAGAGCUUUUAAAGUUGAUAAAAGAGUUUCGAAUCAUUUUGAUAAUUGUCAGUCAUCUCAGUAUAUUCAGCGAUAAUGAAACCAUUGCUGAGAUGAACGUGAACUAUGUUCCUUUCUUGAACGUGGAGUAUUAUCUAGGGACAUUGUACCAGAACCUUAUGGUGAAUUCACAGAGUGUUGGAGAGGAGUUAAUUGUGGAUGGAUUGGAAUUCAAAGUUGAAAACCUUCAAGCGGCCCAAGAACAUUUUGCGAGCUAUCUUCUGGUGCUCAGCAACUACAAGCUCCUAAACAAGGCCCAAACGGAGCGAGUUCGGCUGUAUAAAGAGUCGGACAAUCCACUGGCAAAAGACAUAUUGGCAUCUCAAGAACGAAAUCCAGCUACCAUUCGAGCCGAUAAAAUAGCCAACUUCAAACUAGAAAAAGAGUUGACCUCGAAAAUCCAAAUACUCGUCUCUCGCUACGGUAGCAGUGCAGACGACGCCAAAGCGGAGUUUGACUCCUAUGACGAAGAAACUACCAAACAGCUCUAUCUCGACCAGGUGAAGCUAUUUGCACUCAAAAGUUUCAGCAGCCUUGAACUGAUAGCCAUGGAGUUGGAGGUUCUCAAGAAGAUGCCUGCACCCAACAAGAACCCAAAACCACCACAAAAAGAACAACCAAUUGAUCCCACUGGAUACACCACAAAACUCGAAGUUGUUCCUGGAAAGAAGCAGCCGAUAUCGUCGUUGCUUUCCAAACAAGGCAAGAUAUUGCAGCCGUUCACCAUCACAGCAAAUAAGAACGAGCUUCGAAAUAAGGUGUUUGGAACGGGCCAGGUGUUACCCAGUAUGUCUGUCGAAGAAUAUUUGGACUACGAACUCGCCAAUGGAAAAGUGGCUGCGGAAGAAGUGAAAAAUGAGAAAAAUGACCAAGAUACCGACGACAGCGACGAGGAAUUGGAAAAAAGACAGUGGGACGAUUGGAAGGAUGACAAUCCCAAGGGUAUGGGUAACACGGGUGCCAACUUGGGGUAG